GAAUGCAAGCAAGCAUCCGGAUGCGUCAGCGUCAGUGCGUCACCUGCGCUUUUUCAUUUCGAUAAGCACACUUUUUUUCUAAGCUGAGAAAAUAGUUCCAUUUCGUCAUUCGUGUUUGAGAACCGGUUCGAACAAGAAGUCCUGAGCCAGCCAAAUAAUAAGUAAUUUGUACAAAACGACGAGAAGGAGGACAUCACAGUUAUCUUUUGUUUGUUCAUUUAGUCAUUUAUUUGAUAAGUGGUUAUCAUAAAGUCAAGUGGUGGUGUUAUCAAUAACAGCGGAAAACAAGCCAGGGAUUCUCCUCACUCGUUAAAAGUCUGGAUAACGCAAAGGAUACAAAGUUUUGAAAAAAUUUGCUAAUUGAUCUCUCUUCUUGACUGAAAAAUGUACGCGUCCGCUGGCAUGCCGCAGCCUGGGAUGGGGUGGGGUGGUCAUGGUCAUGUCCAACCCAUGGGAAUUCAGUGGAUCCCGAUGAGUGGGGGUGCCGUGCCGCCGUACGCGACCCAAGCUGGUCUCGACUCUGGACGGGAGUUGUACGUCAUCCGGGCUUAUCAUCAAGGAGGAAUGAUCCCUGGAAAACUGCACGUUGGACACAGCUCGGCCUAUAUUGCUUAUGGGGGUGAGGAGGUUCCCACGCCAAAUUAUGAGGUGCUCGUCGCUCCUGUCGCGAGUUUGAGCUGGGUGGAUGGCCAGGGAAGCUUCAUUCCUCCGAAUGCAGUUCCUGGAGGACGUGACCCUGGCGGUGAGACGUACUACAUUGGACGCGUCUGGCUGAACGGAACAAUCACCGUGGGAAAAAUUCAUCCAUCUCAUGGAUCUUGUUAUGUCCCAUAUGGUGGAAAAGAGCAUCCAAGUCAUACGUAUGAAAUCUUGGUCAAGAACGCGUUGGGUCGAGCGAUGAAUGUGUAAGGAUGGAGAGAGAUGGACGCUUAUCUAUGUAAAACUUAAGAAAAUUGGACCCCUACGUGAAAUAUAAUAAAAUUGUUGACGAGAAUUUGUUCCUUUGUACUUUGUCGAGUCACAGAAAUUUAUUCAAAAUGUAUGAACUAAUUGAUUGUUAAAUAAAUUCUGUUUGAUUCCAAAAA